AACAGAAUUUAAAGACCACCUUGAAGAAUUUAUGCUAUCAGUAAUAAAACCAUCGGUGGAGCAAUCUGAUAGCGAGGCAAAUGCUGAAUGUCCGGCACAAAUGCAGAUGUGUGAGAAAGAUGAACUUAUGAUGAUCAUUGCGUAUUGCAUUGAGGAUCACAUCAAUGAGCAUGACCAUCGGCGUGUCACUUUGAAAGAGGCGCAAGAGCAUAUGUAUAAUUCAGACUCUUUGGUUGACCAGUUUCACGGAAUUGCUUAUGCAAGGAUUCUAUUAAACAAAGCAGCAGGAUACAUUAACUGGCAAAUAUGUGAGAGUACCUCUUUCAGUGAUGGACUAUUUAGCAUGCUUGAUGAAGAUGCGACUACUUUUCUUGAAAAAGUGAAAACAUUUUGCGAGGAACAGAAAGCAGCAGGGGCAAGAAAAUAUCUUUUGAGAUAUUUGUAUAGAACUUUUGGAUUUGACAUCCUUAGAGCAGCAUUUCAGAGCAACGAUACCUCAGUGAAUUGGGUAUAUAGUGACGAAUUUAAGACAAAGGAACCUGAUCGAGUUGACAGAUUCAUGGCAUGUGGAGACAUGUACGUUCGUAUAAAAGAUUAUUUGAAAAUUCCAAAUGAAAAACCACAAGCAGACGAUGUGAUUCAGUUUGUUAAGAAUACCAACCAGACAUCUCUGCAUGGAUUUAUCUACCUUCAAAUGGCGAUAUAUUGGGAAUUGACGGUAUCAAAAUGUAAACGACAUGCCGAUACGGUGCGACGCAUUCUUGUAGCGCUGAGUAACACAAAUAAAAACUUUGGAAACAUGGCUAUUUUACACGCAAUGUGCAUCAAUGACUUAAAGCAAUUCAAUCUAGAUAUUCAAUCUGAAACUACAGAAAAGGACAUCAAUAUAAAAUGUCUUGUCUUCCAAUGGAUUUCCAUUUUGUUCAGCGUCAAACAACAACCAUCAUGUCCACUGUUUAACGUUUUAAUCAAUUUAGCCACGCAACCCAGCGACUUUAAGGUAAGGAAAGUUAAAUUGUAUCAAUUGAUUACAAGUACUAAUAGAUUCUGAAGGCAAAGGGAAUCUUUAUUUCAAAUGCAAAGAGAAUUUAGAUACUCAUUAACUUAAACUUUUAAGCAGCUCAAACAUUAUUGCAACAAUCACGGUAGUGUUGUUAUCAUUUUGUUGUCCGGGAUAAAGUAACUGAAUGAAUAUCAACGAUAAUCAUGUAAACAAAAUAAUGACAUGAAAUUUCAGAUAUGGAAACUUAACAUGUCAUGUUCUUUUUUUCAAUAUGUACAAGAUGUUUAAAUUUAAGGUCAUUAUGAUAUUUUGUUAUUGCCUAGCUCUCCGGCUAACUCCUAUUUAAACGAAUCAUACGAUACUAUUGUCCUAUGCUCUGUUACUUGAAAUAUACUAAAAGUAAGUAAAAUUCAUUUUAAAGAAAAAUA